GUACAAAGGCCAUUAGUUCUGCACCUCAACCACUGUAUCUAGACUUCUUCGCCAUAUUGCCUCGCCAACCAGGGGGGCCUACUUCACAAGGAUCGGGCCAAGGGGCACUCAAUACCAACACACCCAGCAAGACCUAUCCUCAGAACUUUCAUCCAGCUUGAGACACUGCGCUAGUCAAGCGUCGGCAGCUGCUUUUGGAUUCACUAUAUCCUGAAAUUCCUAUCACGCCUGGGAGAUUGGCAUCAUAACACGAAAUGUCCAAGUGAAUAACUAGAUCACCGACUUCGUGCUCUCUCUGCUCUACCUACCAACCCUCUCCCAACUUCCAUCUGGGGCUAGAGUAUCAUGGUCAUCUGCAAAUACUUCCUGCAGGGAAACUGCAAAUUUGGCGCCAAUUGUCGGAACGAGCAUCCUGGUGGAGGUGGCUUUGCAAAUCAGAACAGAUUUGGCGCGCUCUCGGGCAACAGAUUUGGAGGUAGUGGCGGUGGCAGUGCUCGGAAAGAUGCCUGGCAAUUCAACCCGGACGAUAUCCCAAACGACCUUGGAGCUGGGAAAGGUCGACCAAAGUGGAUUCUUUCUGCAUAUGGCCCGGGCAGAAAUGCUCCAGCUUCGCUCCUGGUAGAGAAUGAGUUUAGCUCCGAAGAAGUGCGCGUGAGGUUCUACGAGCUUGCAAGCCAAGGCAAGGAGAACGAAGCCGACCAAGAAGCCAUCACGCUGUGGAAUAAAGCCGAACAGAGCAUCAACCAGAUCCUCAGCAAUGCGCGCGAUGUCGAGAAGUUUGUGCUGGACGCGGAGAAGAAGCGCCCUAACCGAGACGACUUUACACAGAUGGAUGGAACGAAAUCGCGGGAUCAAUUUAUCAAGGACUUUGAAUCGCAGCCUGCUGCUUCGAGUCCGUUCGGCGGGAGUACUGGUGGCGGGUUUGGCCAAAGCUCAACUACAAGUCCAUUUGCGAAGCCCGCUGCCUCGUCAUUCGGCCAGCCUGCCCAAUCCUCCGCUUUCGGGACCUCACCUUUUGGGAAGCCAGCAUUUGGGCAAAGCGGCUUUGGCGCUGGAAGUUCAACAAGUAGUCCAUUCGGAAAGCCUUCUAGCGGUGCCGGGUUUGGAUCGUCAUCAAGCCCCUUUGCAAAGCCGGCUUUUGGAAGCCCUGGGUUCGGACAGUCGUCGACCUUUGGUCAGCCUUCGCAACCAGCAUCUACUACUUUCGGACAACCUUCACAGCCUGCAUCGGCCUUUGGCCAGGCUCCACAAACAAGCUCUGCGUUCGGCCAACCUUCUCAGCCCUCUUCCGCGUUCGGUCAGCCGGCAUUUGGUUCAUCAGGCUUUGGGUCGACCCCCCAGAAGAAUCCCUUUGCGCCAGCCUCGGCAUCAAGUGGUUUCGGUCAGGCUUCCUCCCCUUUCGGCCAACCCUCUCAGCCCGGCUCUGCAUUCGGACAGACCUCACAGCCUGCGUCGACCUUCGGACAACCCAGCCAGCCCUCUUCAACCUUCGGCCAACCCAGUCAACCUUCUUCAACUUUUGGCCAGCCCAGUGAGCCCGCUUCAGCCUUUGGACAGGCAUCGCAGCCCACAUCUGCCUUCGGCCAGCCGUCAGCAUUCGGUAAGCCCACAUUCGGGCAAGCAGCUUCAGCAUUCGGACAGUCACCUCAAACGACAUCUGGCUUCGGGCAAGCACCCACUUCCACUACCUCGCCAUUCGGUCAGGCUGCAUCUACUUCAGCUGGAUUUGGUCAAACCUCUGCUCCCGCGUUCGGACAGGCUGGUCCGGGGUCCGGCUCUACACCAGCAUUCGGCCAAACUACGGCUCCGGUGAAUCCUUUCGCUCCCAAAACUGCAGAUGUGCAAUCCAAAGAUGAGAACAUGGAUACAACCACCCCCGCGCCUUCACGUCCGGCAUCGCGAGCGAACCCUUUCGAAACAUCAUCCGCGCUGCCUACAGCGCCUCAGCCGCUUCAAGCAACUCCCGCGGCUUCCCAACCUUAUGCAGCCGCGAAACCCAUCAUCAACACUUCGACAACUCCUCACCCGCUUAUCAACCGGCCCCCGCACGCCGUGCACUACACUCAGACCCUCCCUCUCCAGCCCACUCAAAAGGACGUCUCCGGUCGCAUCAUCACCUCCUACCGCGGCCAACGCGUCGAAUACAUCAAUUCCAUACCCUGCUAUCGACGUCCCGACGGCCAGGGCAUGGAGAAGAUCUGGUUUCCGGACGCCGGGGCCACACCCGAUGUCGUGGCAUUGAACAAGGAGGACAAGAUCGAGGACUGCGAAGGAAGGAAAGAGGAGUAUACAGACGACGUGGUGGAUCGCUACAAAUAUUUAUUUUCGGAAGGGAGGUUCCUGGAUGGCAAGAUUCCGCUGGUGCCGCCCUUGCGGGAAUGGGGGAUUUACGACUUCUGAGCGGCGUCCUGCUUGUUGACUUGGAGAUUUCUGGACCUUCGGAAUUGCAUUGUAUUACAAAGACAGACAGACAGACAACAAGUCGGUAUGGAUGCGGAAAACAGGCAAGGCGGUGGGAACUGCGGAAAAUUGCACCCUCGGGCUGGCACAUGUAUCUCUACGAGAUCCGGGCCAAAGACACAACCCAUGCGA